AUGAGUUUUUUGACAAAUCCAACUGGGUUCUCAGCUUUACCCGCCGAUUGUCUUCGCGAAAUCUUCCAAUAUUUCGUAAAUGAUAUGACAUCACUUUACUGUUGCAUGUUUGUGAAUCGUACUUGGUGCAGGAUUAUUAUUCCAUUACUUUGGCGUCGUCCUUUUGAGUAUUCCGAAUCAAAGUCAAAAAAAUAUUAUGAAUUGAUUCGUACAUAUAUAGGUUGUCUUACUAAUAGUGCAAGGACGAGAAUACGCGAUGUUGGAUACUAUCUACCUUCAUAUCCAGGCCCUUUAUUCCCUUACCAUGAAUAUUUGAAGGAAUUGGAUUGUGAAAAAUUGGACGUGGCUGUUGAAGAAUGGAUUGGGGGAACUGAGUUUGAUCAAUUUCUCGAAGACCCGGAUGAUGUGAUAUAUACGGAGUUACUAAAAUUACUUAUGAGUCAGCGUCAGAGUUUAUGGAGAUUAAGAUUGGGUCAAUAUAAGAAGGAUUAUAAUCUUCCUCCAAUAGCAACAUUCCCUUGUAUCAAAUAUACUCUCGCCAACCUUCGUAGAUUCGAAUUUCGGGGCGAUAUUGAUUGUUUAUCUGAAACGGGAUUAGAUAACCUUUACGACUUUUUAAUAAAAUUAUCUAAUAUCUCGAAUGGUAUAGAGAAGAUUUAUAUUGAUAUGACAGAAGAUGAAUAUGGACUUUCAGUAGGAGGUUUACAGCAAUUAAUCUCUCGUCAAAAAAAUCUAUUAUCUUUCCAUUAUAACCAAGAGAUGUCAAAUAUUCAAAAUUCCAAAUCAUUUAUCGAGGCUUUAUCGUAUAAUGCAAACACUCUAAGGAAUGUUGUAUUCAACAGUAUACCACUUAAUGAACAAUGUUUAGGUGCAUUAAAGAAAUUUCAUAAUUUGGAAUCCAUGCAGUUCGUUUAUUGUUAUGAGAAAGAUAUCUUUAGCGAAACCGAUAAGAUUUUAGAAGAUAUUCCUUCUCAAUUAAACGUUGAAAAGUUAAUGUUUCACAGAGGAGAUCUCUCCUCGGUAACGCUGGAAGUUCUUCGCUAUGCAAAUGCUAAUGUAAGGGAAUUAACGGUGGAUAAUAUUGUUCCUGAUUUAUUUGAAGUAAUCUCAGAACAUUGUCCAAAUAUUGUAUACUUGGCUGCGGCUAUAUCACAAAAGACUUUUGAAUCACUUGCAUGUAUAUCAACAAGUAAAAUUGAACAUUUAAUAUUAAAAACUUUAGAUACUAAAGAUAUUGAAACAAAAGACUUUCAACAAUUAGGAAAAAGUCUUUCACUUUCUUUACAUCAUCUUUCACUUAAUUUUAAUAUAAGUGUUGAGGAAUUAUCAUCCUUGUUGAAAGAAUGUCAAUCACCUUUAAAAAGUUUAUGUUUGAAGUUUAAUGUCAUAACAAAUGAUGAUAUGAAUGAAUAUCUUAGAGUUGUAAUGGAAUUUGCUAAAAAGAAUGAUUCUUUGAAGGAAUUCAAAUUUUUAUUGUACGAUAAAAAUGAUUCAUUUGAUGUUAAAGACAUUUUUACAAAGGAUAUCAUUGAGGAAGCGCAGCUAAUUAUACCUAAUAUCUCACAAGAAACUCAUACACCCUUUACAUAUUCCGAAGGUUAG